AUGUCUGAAGUGACGAAGUUCAAGAAGAACGACGUUGUUUCAGCAUAUUGUGAGGAGUAUCAGACGAACAUGGAUGCCGAGAUUGUCGAUUUCAGGCAUCACAGGCAACAGGCAUACGUACAUUUCAUCAAACAAGAUAAAAGACUUGAUAGAUGGAUGGACGUAUCAAAUCUCUUCCCAUCAACAGAAUCAAAUACGAAUAAACAAGAAGAGCACGUUCUUUCUAGGAACCAAAGAAAGUUACUUGACGAUUCUGAUUCAGAUGACGAAGCAACUACAGCAGAAUUCAUUCAAUUCGAAAAGGUUCAUCGCGAAGUUACCAAAAUACGCAACAUUGACUUCAUAACAAUAGGAAAAUUUACAAUUCGUACUUGGUAUUACGCACCAUACCCACCGCCAUUCUAUAAAAUGGAUCACAUAUAUAUCUGUGAGCAUUGCUUCUCAUACUUCAAGUCGCCAGAAGACUUACAAGCUCAUAUUGACGAAAAGAAAGAAUUAUGUCCACCAGGUAGAGAAAUUUAUAGAGAAGGAAACCUCAGCGUGUUCGAGCUGAAAGGUAAAAGACAAAAGCUCGCAUGCCAGAACCUCUGUUUACUCUCAAAAUUAUUCCUCGACCACAAAACACUUUUUUACGAUGUUGAAGGGUUCAUUUUUUACGUACUUUGCGAGUGUGAUGAUUCAGGAGCACAUAUCGCAGCUUAUUUCUCUCGAGAAUUGAACUCAGCCCAAAAUAAUAUUUUGGCCUGUAUUACAACUUUACCACCAUACCAGAAGCGAGGCUACGGACACUUCCUUAUCUCCCUGGCGUAUGAAAUUGCUAAACGCCAGCACAGAACAGGCGGCCCAGAAAGACCUUUGUCAGAUCUCGGCAAAAUUGCAUUCAAAGCUUACUGGAGAGACACAAUAUUGAACUUACUUAAGAACCAAUCAGCUGAGAUCACCAGCGUCGAUUCUCUUGUCAAUAUGACUGCAAUUGACAGAUUUGACAUAAUUGAUACGUUGAAAGAGGUCGGAUUAGUCACAAAAGUCAAAGGUGAAUACGACCUUAACUUAAACAAAGAAGCUUUGACCACUGCUCUUUCUGCAGUUGAUUUUUCAAAACAAAAAAGAAGAAUUGAUCCUUCAAAGCUUAUCUGGCUUAACAACCCAGAUGAAAACGAAUAA